AUGCUCUCCAAGGCCAUCUUCAGCACUGCGCUGCUCUCAGCGCUCGCCGCAGCCGCACCCAAGCCCCAGGUUGCUGGCUACACUGACGCCGAUGCUUCGUUCUCGGUCGAGUUCCCUACUGGCACACCUGCUACCAGCUUCGGCCCUGACUCCCAGGUCGCUGCUCAGCCCACACAGCCUGGCUCGGCUCCCCCUCGCAUCAGCGCCGACCCCACCGGUGCUACCAGCCACGGCCCCUUCUCUGGUACCCCCACCACCACCGGAGCCGCAAAGGCACCUGCCACCCUCGGUGCUGCCAUUGCACCUGGUCCCCCCAACCCUACUGCCACCUACUACAACACUGAUGGCUCGCCUCAGAACCCCAUGCCCGCCCCCUACACCCCGGCUGGUGGUCUCGGCACCAACGGCUCUGAGCCUCGCUACAUGGUGAACUCUGACUUUGACUACGAGUCCAUCCAACUUGGUCUCUACCAGGAGUGGAUUGAGCUUGACCUGUUCAACAACGGUCUUGCCGUCUUCUCGGACCAGGACUUCAUCGACGCUGGUCUCACUGCUGAGGACCGCGCCUACAUUGCCUUUAUGGCAGUCCAGGAGUCGGGCCACGCUACCCUCCUCUCCAACAUGCUUGGCGAGACGGCCGCUCCCCAGUGCACAUACGACUACCCCUUCCGCACGGUCCGCGAGUUCAUCGACUUCAACCAGAAGCUUACCCGCUGGGGCGAGUCUGGUGUCUGGGGCUUCAUCAACCACCUCGACUCCCGCGAGGUUGGUCAGCUCCUUGCUCAGUCCAUCGCCACCGAGGCCCGCCAGCAGAUGUCUUUCCGCCAGAUGCUUGGUCUCCACCCCAUGCCCGUCUGGUUCGAGACUGGUAUUCCCCAGUCCUGGGCCUGGACCUACCUGGCUCCCUACAUCAGUUCUUGCCCCGAGAACACAACGCGUCUGGCAUGGGCCAACUACCCUGCGCUUCACGUGGUCAACCAACCCAACCCCAAUCGCUUUUCCCCAAAUGACACCAAACCCUACGAAGUCACUGGUAACCGCACUGGAGACCCUUCCGACUCCACCAUCCCCCCUGACGAGAGUUGCGUAAAUCUCAAUGUCACUGGAUAUGGCUGCGGACCGGCAAUCAGCAGAAAUCGAUCGGAACCACUGAGCUUCCCCGGCAAGCGUGUUGACUUGAGUUGGGAUGCACCAGGUCAGCUAGUAGGACCAAACAACUCCUAUGUGACUGCUGUUGGCAAUCUCGCUGGAGCUCCCCAGUUUGUCGCGUGGGCUGCCCAGCUCAAUUUGACUUACACUCCGCUCACCCUCACCGGAAACAAUACCGGUUACACAUACCAGCCUGCAUCUGAGGUGUACCAGGGUGAUCCUGCGGCCAACGAUACCAUGUUCAUUGCUCUAACCGACACUGACAUGUUCCUAACUCCCUUCAACCUGAGCAUGAUCAACCCCCACGUUGUCGCUCUCGGUCUCUACCAGGCUGGUUAA